AUGACAGGGUCUACUGAUUACUCUAUGUCUAAAUUCCCAGACUCAGUCGGCACGAGUGAUGAAAAUGGCGGCCAUCCUGCGUCUCCUCCAGGCUAUGAGCCAGAGGAGCUUCCUCGCCAAUUUUCCCUCCUUUCUACUCUUGCCUUCGGAUUCAGCAUGACAAACUCAUGGCUUGGGUAUUCGGCCACCUUCGUUACGCCUCUAUUGCUAGGCGGGAGCCCGACAGUAUUCUUCGGGCUCAUCGUUGCCUCAGUCGCGUGCUGCUUUAUCACCGCCGGCCUAGCCGAGCUCGCUUCGGCAUACCCUUCCAGCGGAGGGCAAUAUCAUUUUGCGUAUAUGGUCACUCCUCCGAAGUACCGAGCUCUUUUUGCAUUUAUCAUGGGCUGGAUGAGUGUGGUAGCCUGGGCUCUGACCAGUUCCUCCACCGCGUUAGUCUGUGCUCAGAUGGCCGUGGACUUGGCGGGAAUCUAUCAUCCAGACUACACAGUAGACGCCUGGCAAACUUGGAUGAUAUACUGCCUACUAGUCUUGGUCGCGGCCACUAUUGUUUGUCUAUUACCAGCUGCUCUCCCGCGAGGUGAGACAGUGAUGUUUGUUAGUAGCUUUCUGGGAUUUAUUGUGAGUUUGGUCACAGUUCUGGCUAUGCAGAAAGACAAGCAGUCAGCGAAGGCAGUGUUUGUGAAUUAUGAAAACUCCAGUGGCUGGAGUGACGGUACCUCUUUUAUGAUUGGGCUUGGAACGUGCAUGUAUGCUUAUUUAGCAAUUGAUGGAGCGUGCCAUAUUGCAGAGGAACUUCCGAAUCCAACCCGCGACGUGCCUCGUGCAAUGGGAUUAACCAUGCUCAUUGGGAUGAUAACUGUCAUUCCAUGGACAAUCGCAUUCCUAUUCUCCAUCACAGACACAGAUGCCGUUGCCUCCUCCUCGAUCCCGGUGUAUACAAUUUACCUACAAGCCACUCGAAGCCAGCCUGCUGCUACUGUGCUUACCGUGUGGAUUCUUUUCGUCUACUUCGGCGCAUUAGUGUCAUGCAUCGUGACAACAGGACGACUUGCAUAUGCCUUUGCUCGAGAUGGAGGCCUUCCAUAUUCACCAUACUUUGCUCGGAUCCAUUCUAAGCUUCAAGCUCCUGUGAAUGCUACGAUCGCGUGUGUGGUCGCUAUCAUCCUAUACGGACUCAUUUACAUUGGAUCUUCAACUGCAUUCAAUAGCUUCAUAUCCAUGUCAAUCCUCUCGCUCAAUUUGACGUAUGCACUACCUCAAGCUAUUGUUUUGGUGAGAGGUCGUGAGAACGUUCUACCCAAACGACCAUUCAACUUGGGCCGUCGUCUUGGCCCUAUUUGCAACGCCUUCUCAAUUCUUUGGGUCAUUUUCAUCACCAUUAUGUCUUGCUUUCCUACCUCUAUUCCGACCACAGUGGCCAGCAUGAACUAUGUUAGUGUGAUUAUAACUGGAAUCUCUGCAAUCAUUCUGAUGUCCUGGUGGGGAGGUAAAAGGAAGACAUUCUCUGGGCCGAGAAUUGAGAUACAGGGGCUCGAGGUGGUUCUUAAUGGGUCAUGA